AUGGCGGAUGCGGCGGACGCCGCCGCGUCCCACUCGACGUUCAAGUUUCUCAUCACGACAGACAACCACCUUGGCUUCCAGGAGCGGGACCCGCGCCGGGGGAACGACAGCUUCACCACAUUCGAGGAGUGCCUGCGCGCCGCACGCGUGGAGCACGACGUGGACGCGAUUCUCCUCGGCGGGGACCUCUUUCACGACAAUAAGCCCAGCCUCGGCUGCCUCGCCCGCACCACGUCACUGCUGCGGACGUACGUGCUUGGCGACAAGCCGAUUGCCUUCUCGCUGCUGAGCGACCCCAGGCGCAACUUCCCAACGCACCCCGUGCCGCUCGCGAAUUUUCAGGACCCCAACAUUAACGUUGCCACACCGAUUUUUAUGAUUCACGGCAACCACGACGACCCCGUUGGCGGCACCUCCUCCAUCGACAUUUUGGCAUCGAACGGGCUCGUGAACUACUUUGGACAGGUCUCCUCCUUGGACGACAUCGUUGUGGAGCCGGUGCUGCUCAAGAAGGGUCACACCUACGUCGCCUUGUACGGGCUUGGCAACGUACGCGAUGAGCGGCUGCAUCGCUGCUUUCGUAUGAAAAAGCUUCGCUUUGUGCACCCCAAGCCGGUCUCGGGACGACGUUGGUUUAAGAUUCUUUUGCUGCACCAAAACCGCGGCGUCCGUGGGGGGCCGGGCGAGAAGGGUGGCAUUUUUGAAAGCAUGCUGGCCGGCUUUGGCCUGGAUCUCGUUAUCUGGGGGAACGAGCACGAGCAGCAAAUGGUCCCUACACCCUCAGAGGGGUUUGACAUCAUUCAGCCGGGGAGCACCAUCCUCACGUCGCUGUCGGGGCAGGAGUGCAACCCGAAGCAGUACGGCGUGUUGGAGGUGCGUGAUGGAUCCUACCGCCUGACACCGUUUCUGCUGCGUAGCGUGCGUCCCGUGGUGCGACGCACGGUGGAACUCUGGCGAGAACACCCCACCGGACGCACCCUGGACGCCGUGGAGGAUUUUCUGCGCCUCGUCAUUGAGGAGAUGAUAGAAGAGGCGGAGGUGCAGGUCGGCCGCAUCCCGGAUGACGUGCUAGCGUUCCACCCAAGCAUCAAGUUUCCACUUAUGCGGCUUUCCGUGGACUUUACCGAUCCGGAGUCCACGAACUUUCCCCAGCCGAACAUCAAUCGCUUUGGACAGCAGUACAUGGAUGUCGUGGUGAACCCUGCCGACUUGCUUCGGCCGCUAAAGCCAAAGCCGGUUAUUCGUCGACUGCCCUCGGCGCCGGGGGGAGAGGGGGCGGCGGCGACGGUGGUGCCGGUGCCGCUGCUCAACACCUCUGACAUACGCACAAAGGUGGCGGAGGUGUUUAACGCGAAUGCGCGGGACGCCUGCUCGCUGCUCUCAGAGCCCGAGGUGUCCGCCGCGGUGUACGCCUUCGCCGAGAAGGGCGAACGCGACGCCAUUGACGAGCGCAUCAACGAGCUUCUGAACAAGUGUCAGAAGUCGGUCUGGAAGGCAAUGGGGCGAGGGGACGCGGACGGUAUUUUGGUGCCGGAUAGUAUUUACUCCGAGGUGGUUCGACACAAGCAGGACAUAAACAAACGCUACGCGGAGGCCACUCGCCCCGCGGCGGCGCCGCAGCAAGAAGGGGAAACACCGCUGCAGCAAUCGGAUGGACCCGCAGACGAAGCCCAGGCGGGUCGCGCGCGUGCAGACUUCAUGAUAGUUGACGCCUUUGACGGGAGCGGGGUGCCGCUCGGAGCCCCAUCGUCGGCCACUGCUUCUGCGCUGAACGCGGCGUCCAGCACCACCCUGCGGGGGGCCUGCGACGCGGACGAGGACGCGCUCCCAGACACGGGACUUGGGCGUGGGACGCUAAGCGCAUUGAUCGCCGACGCGGUGAAGCAGGACCAGGAGGGGGCGGCGGCCGCCCCUCGCACGGCCGCAGCCGUGGGAAACUGCCGCGGCAAGCGCCAACGUGAGGAGGUGGAGGUGAUCGACGACGACGACGCGGAUGCGACGGAGCUGCAUCCCGUGCAGCCUUCUGCCAGGCGGGGGGGCCAGCGAAGGGCCACAGGCAGCGCCGCGGCUCCCGCUCCCAAGCCGGCACGAGGCAAACGCGGCAAACAGGCCGCCGCCUCACUCUUUCCCACACCCACACUGCAAUUGACGCACCAGCCUGUUCCUGGAGAACUGGCGUCGCAGUCACUCGCCGCAAUUCCGGAGACGUCAAAGGCUACCCUCAAUUACCUUUCGAAGUGGGCGGGUUCGAGUUGA